UGUCGCCACGCACCGUGGGGGGGCCCUUCUGUUUUCUCAAACCCCCUGAUCCCCGAACGUGAGAGGUGACGUGGGACCAGCUGAACGCCGAGGUCGCUCCGGUGCCGCCCUCCGGCCCCUUCACCUCGGCUCCUUGGCGCAGUUGCGCAAAUUCGUAAAUGUUCGCGCGGGGAGUGUGACCAGGAAGUGCGGGGGCGCGCGUGGGUCUUGCGUUGCAUUCGGAGUCGCGGAGGUCAGAGCCCGGGAUGAUGCACGUGAAGGCGAAGACGGGCGCCUUCACCGUCCUUCCUGAGGGCACCCUUCCUGGCGCCCCCUCCACCACGAACUUGCUUGCAGUUCUUUCCCACGUGGUGAAUUAAGAACCCAGGUUUCUCCUAUUCUGUGGCUUUGCCAUCGUGAGCUCCGUCAUCAACAGCAUCCAGCCAGCAAAAUGGCAGAAUUUUCAAGAUGAAAAUAUUUAACAGUGAAGAUUAAAUUUUGUAACUGCAACUUAGGAAAAAUGUUGGCUCAUGCAAAUCUUCAGAAGAAAGCAGAAGAGGUGGAUCUAGUGCUAGCCCAGCUGGAAGCUUGUAUUUUGGUGACACAUCCUGGGUCCAUAUUAUCCAUAAGGAAGCCACUUAAGGAUGCAGACAACUCUUACAGACACUGCUUUAACAGGUCCAUGUACUUUCUGGCUGCUACAGAAUUCCUUUUGGUGAAAGAAAACAUUAACAUGGGGAAAACCAAUCAAUCUUCUGUGACAGAAUUUGUCCUCUUGGGGCUUUCUGGCUACCCAGAGCUUGAGGCCAUUUACUUUGUUUUGGUCCUAUGUAUGUACCUGGUGAUCCUGCUGGGAAAUGGAGUCAUCAUAAUCUACUUUUCAUUUUUGUUUCUUAUGUUUUGAUUAUGUCCACCAUCCUGAGGAUUCCUUCUGCAGAGGGAAG